AAAAACUAGUGAAAUCUUAGAAGUUGAACGUGAAAAACGUGAGAAAAAAGAAAAUAAAAGAUUAAGUGAUGCAAUUAAUAGUAUCACAGGAUUAGAAUUAAAUGAUAGUGAUUACGACGAUGAUGAUUCAGAUGAAGAGAUGUAUAUUAAAAAAGAUUAA